AUGGUUCAUUUUGUAGUCCACACAAAUUCGUGUAACACAAAGUAUUUCAAAUUUUUUCCUGUUCUUUGGAGAAAAUGGAUCAAAGAAUGUGUCAGCACUGCCACAGCGUCUGUUUUAGUUAAUGGAAGCCCAACUGAUGAAUUCCCGUUGAAGAGAGGGUUAAGACAAGGCGACCCUUUAUCUCCUUUUUUGUUCUUGUUGGCGGCAGAGGGCCUUAAUAUUGUGAUGAAGUCUUUGGUUGAGGCCCAAUUGUUCUCUGGCUACAGCAUUGGGGCCGCUAAUCCGAUUGUUGUUUCUCACCUCCAAUUUGCUGACGACACUUUAUUGUUAGGGUCUAAAAGUUGGGCCAAUGUCCGCGCGUUGAGGGCGGCCCUUGUGUUGUUCGAGGCUAUGUCGGGUUUGAAAGUGAAUUUUCAUAAGAGUAUGCUGGUGGGGGUGAAUAUUGGGUCGUCCUGGUUAUAUGAGGCUGCAUCCGUGUUGAGUUGUAAAGUUGGAAUUGUCCCUUUCUUGUACCUAGAUAUGCCUAUUGGUGGUAACCCUCGAAGAUUGUGUUUCUGGGAACCUAUUGUGAAUCGUAUUAAAUCUAGAUUGUCGGGUUGGAAUAGUCGGUUUCUCUCUUUUGGUGGUCGCUUGGUUCUACUCAAAUCUGUCUUGACCUCUCUGCCUGUCUAUGCACUUUCCUUCUUCAAAGCUCCAACAGGUGAGGCUCCUCUUUGUAUGCGGUUUAGGCGGUUGUUUGAGUUAACAGAGAAUAAGUCUAUGUCCGUUGCCGACUUGCUCUCUGUUGAUUCGGAGCGGUGGGGGGAGGUGUGGAGGUGGAGACGUAGUUUAUGGCAGUGGGAGGAGGAGUUGCUAGAUGAGUGUAGGGCUUUACUUCUUGAUGUUUCCUUGAAUCCUAUUGUUUCAGAUAGCUGGGUGUGGCUUCCGGACCCAUCUGGUGGUUACACAGUUCGAGGUGCAUAUAGUUUGUUAAUCUCUCAGGUACCUCCGGUCGCCGUCGAUGAUCUGGAUUUGGUGUGGCACAAACAGGUUCCCUUGAAGGUUUCCGUUUUUGCGUGGAGGCUCCUCCGUGAUCGUUUACCAACAAGGACAAAUUUGAUUGCUCGACGGGUGUUGUCGUCUGACAUGUCUUCGUGUGUUGCUGGCUGCGGUCAUCCUGAAUCGGCUCGACAUCUAUUUUUAUUGUGUGAUACUUUUGGUUCUCUGUGGCAUUUGGUGCGUGAUUGGAUCGGUUGCUUUGGGGUGGACACAGAUAAUAUUUCAGCUCAUUUUUUACAGUUCACUCAUUUGAUAGGUGGUGGUGCUGCACGUUCUUUUAUGCAACUAAUCUGGCUUCUUUGUGCCUGGGUUGUUUGGAAUGAACGUAAUAACCGUAUGUUUAAUCAUGUUGUUACCCCUAUCCCCUGUUUACUUGAUAAGAUUAAGUUGUUGUCUCUAGGUUGGUUGAAAGCUAAAAAAGCUACCUUUGUUUUUGGGACUCAGCAGUGGUGGUCAAGCCCUCUUGUUUGUUUGGGUAUUGGCUAA